AACAAUCUGAACACAGCGCAUAAUAUAUAAGCAAGCACCACCAAUAUCCAUAGCACAAGCAAACUACUAGCUACAAUCACCAUGGACGACUCCUCCUCAUCCUACUUCGACACAGUCUCUGAAGUCUUUGAGAGCUGGGACACUAUCAAGCGCAUUCCAGACUACGAGGAAGUUGUGGGCCUUGCUUUGUUCGAUAAGAUGUUUGAAUCCGCUCCGGAUGCUUGGGGAAUCUUUCGUUGGAGAAAGGAGGACUUUGCAAAGAAAGAUCCUCAAUGUGUUGCUUUUGCAAAGAAAUUUGUCAGAAUGCUUGACCUUGCAGUCCAUAUGCUUGGCCCUGAAAUGGACAUUGUGGAACAACAGAUGUACGAUCUAGGGAAGCAACAUCAGAGGUAUGGUGUCAUGCCAAAGCACUUUUUCUCGAUGGGGAAAGCCUUGGAAAGCACCCUGGCCAAUAUUCUUGGAAGAGACUUCACUUACAAGACCCGUGAGGCGUGGAAGGAUGUGUUUCAUUUCAUGUCGACCUCCAUGAUCAUGGGUGCUUCGGGAUCCUGCGAAGCGUAGAGUCUCUGAGGGGCCAUGGAGUGUUUGGAAUGGAAGUUUACAAAUCGGUAUGACAUUGCAUGAAUGAAUAGAUAACAUCAAGUAAGGUGUAUAGUACAUAUGGAAGGCAUCUUCGUGCUCGUAGAGAUCAAGCCAGUAAGCGGCAAUGGCACGUUGUAGACACCCUCACUCAGAG